AUGUACAACCAAAGCCUGUAUCUGAAACACGGAACGCUAGCGAAUUUACUCAAGAAAGGAGAGUCACGCCGGCUGCUUUCACAGCAGGAUAACCAAGCGCGGAUUACUGUUGCGCUGUAUCGCCAACUCUUGCAAUGGUCCAACUCGGUGAAAGAUGAUGUUCCAUUGAACUACUACAUUCCACCGGUUUACUUGAGUCCUCCCCGAAUAGACAGGGAUACCCUGAGAUUGAUGUCAGUAAAAUCGGGGGAUUCGAAAGUGGCUGCUAGCAUCUUCCCAAAGAAUACAAUUGUGAAAGAUGAUCAGUUGGUGGUGCCAAUUCGCAAUUCAGCGGACGUUAAGAAACUGUUCAGAGGAGUAUUUCGUUUGAACUCUAAACCAGCCAAUCCCGAUAAGCAAAAAGAGCGAAUUUCCGUGGCCUUUGAUGGUCUGAAGUCGUUGAAUGAGUUGAGCAAGGCUUUGGAGGACUUGGGAAAAGAACGGGAGAAACACCUUGAUCGAGAAAACGUCAAAUAUCACGUUGGCCAAGUUGUACGACACAAGCUUGAAGAAUGGAGAGGAGUGAUUAUUGGAUGGAAACGACUAGAAGGCGCCUCAGGCAAGGAUCCAACUCAACUCACUAGCUUGACCACAAAAGAGUACGCUUUGGACGCUGAAGAUUCGAUAAAGUACUCCAUUGUGCUUGAUGUCGGAGAUGCUCAUUUGCACUAUGCCAAGCGACGUGAAGGCGGCAAUAUGGCUGUAGCGGAAGUUUUGCAGACCGAUUUGGAACUUGUCGAAGAGGAGGAACUAUUGCGUAUUCGGAGUUCAAAUGUGUCGGAGUUCUUCACAAGGUUUGAUUCCGCGUCCAAGUCCUUCGUACCAAACGAAAUCUUGGAGUAUGAAUACCCAAAAGACACUAUGAUCAGCACUUCCGCGCCUACACAACUAUCCGACGCAACCGAAGCCGCUGCCGAGGACAUCAUUAUGGGUGUCAAAGAAACAGCCGCGUACAUGAGAAGUAUCAUUAUGGGAUACAGCUCCGCGCCAGAGAGUCGCAACCUCAAGAUCCUUGGCUUCUUCUUGGAGAAAUUGGACGCGAUAUUAGAGGGUGAUGUUCUGGAAAUGAAGGACAAACUUUUCAAUAAGGAAUUGCCUUCAAAUCGACUGGCUGCAUUGCAUUUGCAACAGCUUCUGAACUUCAUUGUCAACGUAGGGGAACUGUUGUGGGAAAGGAGAAGAGCUAGGGAGAACACAAAAGAAAACAAGUUUGGAUUGGGCGAUAUUGUUACUCACAAGGUCUAUGGAUUUCGUGGAGUAGUUGUGGCUUGGGAUCCAGAACCUAUGAUGGACGUUUCCAUGUGGGAUGGAUUGCAGCAUAUUGACAAUCCUCAAGAUUACCCAUUCUAUCACAUCAUUCCUGACCACAAUGACUGCAUUGAAGCAUUCGGUGCCGAGCGACCAUCUCGAUACGUAUGCGAAGAGAAUCUUGUUGUUUGUCCUUCAGACCAGAGAUCAAUCGAUGUGGAUCUAGACACAGAAUGGAGAUACGAUCUUGACGAGAAGAAGUAUUUGCCUCCUCUCGACUUGAAGUUCAAAUCUGGCGUCGAUCUUGAGGACGAUGGCAUCACUGAGGCUUGCUUGACAGAAUUGCGGGAUGCAUUAUCACAGGUAUUGGUUGCUUGUAGGGAAGGAGAAGAGACUGGGAACCCAGAUAUUAAUGAGAUUACAACAAAGAUGUCGAUGGCUAACGUAUUGAUUCUUUUGAAGUCGGCCGAAGACAUGGAACUUUCCACCAUCAUAUCCGAAAGCGUGAAAGAAAUCUGGAAAGCUCAUUUGAAUCCAGAUUUACGCUGGGAUCUUGACACUGCUGUUGCUCAUCUAUUAGGUGGCAAGGUAUCGAAAGCGCUGAAGCAAUUCAGCGAGAUUGUCGACGAUGAUCCAACCUACGCAGAGGCGUGGAAUAAGGCUUCCACUUGUGAAUUUAUGAUGGGAAACAUGGACGCUUCACUUGCGGCCGCACAGAAAACAGUCGAAGCACUACCAACCCAUUUCCAAGCCAUGAACGGACUUGGUCUGGUACAUUUCGAGAAGAAAGAUCUUCCUUCAGCUAUUCAUUGCUUUCGUGAGUCGAUGGAAAUCGAUCCUUGGUCUCCAGUGUCAGCAAGACUAUCAGUAUGUGUGGACACGAUGAGGUUAUCUGAACAAAUACAAGGAAAUCAGCAGGAAGAUAACAAAUAG